AUGGCGAUAGGGGCCCGUAUACCCUGCAGGAGCCGACCUUUGGGAGCCCUGUGGGGCCCCCGGGCCCUAUGUCUCGCUGGGGGGCCCCUGCAGCGGCCCUUUGGGGGGCCCCUAAGGCAGCAGCAGCCGCUGCUGCAGCAGCAGCAGCAGCAGCAGCAGCAGCGGCGGGGCCUUAGUACCUUAACUGCGGGGGCCCUCGUUGCAGUACCCUCUAGGGGCCUCCUCUCUAUAUCCGGGCCUGAAGCUGCUUCGCUGUUACAAAACCUCAUCUCUCAGGACCUCCGCUGCUUCGCCCCUGUGCUGGGGCCCCAGGCAGCAGCAGCCCUGGGGCCCCUGGGGCCCCCGGGGGCCCCGGGGCCCCUCACCCGCUUGCAGGUGAAGCCGAAUACGAAGCAGCAGCAGCUUCCGGAUAGCCAGACGGCCUUUCCGCUGCCCCCCAGAGCCUUUAACCUCUGCAGCAGCGACAGCAGCAGCGACAGCAGCAGCGACAGCAGCAGCAGCAGCAGCAGCAGCAGCAGCAGCAGAAUUCAGCAGCUGCGGCUCUGGCGACGCCCUGCAGUUGCAACAGCAUUUUUAAGUGCUAAGGGUAGAGUGCUUGCAGAUGCAUUACUUCUUUGGAGAGACACCACGGAUGGGUCUCCUCGUUUUCUUUUGGAUGUCGGCGCGGGGGUACUGAGCCGUCUCCUUCUUUACCUUAAGCGUCACGCGAUAGCAGCAGAUAUAUCUAUAACUGAGGAGACAUCUCUGACUCCUCUGCAGCUGCUGCCGUCUCCGCAGCUAUCGUUGCUGCUGCAGCAAGGGGGGGCUGGAUGGGGGCCCCGGGCCCUCAGGAGGCCCCACCAAGAGGGGCCCCCUGAGGCUCUGUUUCAGCAGACAUAUGACUUUGCUUGUUUUCCAAAAGAAGGUAAAUUUGUAUUUCGGUAUAUUGAGGCCCCCAGCACGACAGCAGCAGCAGAUGCAGCAGCAGCAGCAGAAGGCUUCCUACCCUCAACAGAUGCAGCAGCAGCAGCAGCAGCAGCAGCAGCAGCGGAGGGAGAACAUGGAAAAGGUAGAUGGACAGAGGGUUUAAUUGCUGCUGAUCCACGCACCUGGCGAAUGGGCCACCGGGUGUACAUACACCGCAAUUUCUGGGGCCCCCAGUUUCCCCUGGGGGCCCCCCAGGGGCCCCUGGGGGGCCCCCCGCUUCCCCUUGCGCAGGAAGAGGGUACGAGAAAGAGCUGUAUAGAAGGAGCAGCAACUCCAGGAGAUGCAGCAGCAGGAAAGCAUGAAGAUAUGAAGGAUUCUAAGCAAGAGGGAGAGGAGAAGGUGCAGCAUCAGGUUUGUGGGUAUGAGCUGUAUAGACACCUGGUGGGUGUAUGUGAAGGCCCUGAGGAAGUAGGUGUAGGGGGGCUGCUGCCUCUCCCUUUAAAUAUGGAUUGCUGGUGGCUCGAGGCGUUGACAGCAGCAGCAACGAGGACUUCGUAUAGGUUAUGGGGGCCCCCCGGGGGCCCCCCAAGGCUACCACCGCCAGCUGGACUUUCUAGUGAGUAUGAGGAGAUACAUGGGGCGGGGGGGCCCCACCAAGAGACAGAGCAAGACCCCAGUAUGCCUGAGGGGCAAUGCAUUGGCUCAGGGUCUCGGGUGUAUAGACAGGAGACAGGAGACAGCUCAGAAAAAGAUGCAGAGUGGAAAGAGGUGGGGUUGGUGGUUGCGUUCAAUGAGGAGACAGGCGCAGGGAUUUGUCUCCUUAGGAGUAAACCGGCUGAUGGGCCCCUCAAGACACCCCAGGACCUGGCGAAGUUUGCUGUGGCUCUUGCGGGGGCCCCCGGGGGCCCCCAAGCCGAGGCGGUUGCUGCUGUCUGUACACCGCAACACCAAAUGAAGCAGCAAAAGGAGGGCCCACUGUUUCCUGAGUAUCUUGAAGAUGAGCAGCAGCAGCAGCAGCUGCAGCAGCAGCAGCAGCAGCAGCAGCAUGCGGUGGACAUAUCAGGACUUUCUUGCGGCACAUCAUACAACCCAGAGGCAACUCUGCUGCAGCUGGGGUUGUCUAGGGAUCUGCUGCAGCAGCAGCAGCAGCAGCUGCAGCAGCAAAAGCCACAGCUGCUGCUGGAGUUAGAAGCAGAAGCAGCAGCAAAAGAGGAUCGAAGAAUAACAGAAGCAGCACUGGUAUGCGGUGAGGUGAAUCUAGAGAGAGACGAGAGGGAGCACCGCAGGCAGUUCAAGCUGCAGCAGCAGCAGCAGCAGCAGCAGCAGCAGCAGCAGCAGCAGCAGCAGCAGCAGCGACUGCAGCAGCAACAUGAAGACGAAGCUUACAGAAUCCACAAGGAGAGAAGAAGACGUCAGCGACAAAAGGAAAAGCAGCAGAAGCAGCAGCAGCAACAGCAGCUGCUGCUGCUGCCAGAAGCUGCAUGCACAGGCCCCCGCCGCAGCAGCAGCAGCAGCUCUGAUGAAAGUGUGAUUAUAAUAGACCCUCCCUCUUCCAGCAGCAGUAGCAGCAGCAGCAGCAGCAGCAUCACUAGCAGCAGCAUUGAUGUCAGCAGCAGCACGAGCAACAGCAGCAGCAGCAGUAGCAGGUGGCCGCUUGUUACUGCAUCUGCUGCUGCAUCAGCUGCUGCUGCUGCUGCUGCUGGGCUCCAUGUCUCCCCCGAUAUAAUCCGAAAGCUAGAUGAGGCCUCGGCAAAGCCCCAAACUAUAUGGGAUCUAAAACGCAUGCAAACAGCAGCAACUGCUGCUGAGGGGCUCCUGCUGCACCCUAAGCACAGACAGAGGAGCACGAAGUCCGCCGGUACCACCCAGCAGCACCAAGCAGCUGCCAGCAGCAGCAGCAGCAGCAGCAGCAGCAGCAGCGGGGUAGCAGCAGAUGCUGGAGCUGCAACAUCCUUUCCUGUGGACCGGCGGAGGAGGAGGAAAGCAAUAGCAGCAGCAGCAGCAGCAGAAGCUGCUGCUAGCAUUGCUGCUGCUGCAGACAGGCCUGUGCAGCUCGGUCAUAAUUUUUCUGUUGCUAUAGAUGGGCUGGAGAAGCCGCUGCUGUUUUCUGCUGCUGCAGGUGCAGCAGAGAGAACAGCAGCAGCAGCCAGCAACAGCAGCAGCAGCAGCAGCAGCAGCAGCAGUGAAGGUGAAGACGAAGACACGACGGCAACAGCGGCAGAGGCGAGGAGGAAUCUGCAGCAGCAGGAAGAGGAACUGCUGCUGCUGCAGCAGCAGGAACAUCUGCUGCUGCUGUGCAGACAAAAGCCGAGAGACGUGGAGCUGUGGGUGCAGCUAGUGGCGCUGCAGCAGCAGCUUCUACAGCAGCAGCAGCAGCUGCUGCUGGCAGAGGUAACGUCUGAACAGGUGCUGCUGCGGCAGCAGGACGUCCUUGACUUGGCAUGCGGGAGCGAGACAAAUGCUGCAGCAGCAGCAGCAGCAGCAGCAGCAACAGCAGCAACGGCAGCGCCGUCUCUGGUUGUGCUGAGGCGCUUGCUGCUGCUGCAGCAAACAGGGACCCCUCUUGCAGCUCCUGCGUGGCGUAACACCGCAGCCCUACUGGGAAAGCUGAUGGUCUCCCUGAACCCCAGCAGCAGCAGCAGCAGCAGCAGCAGCAGCAACAGCAGAAACAGCAGCACCCAACUUUCGCUUACACUAGCGAGGUCUCUGUGCAGCGCUGCUGCUGGCUCUUCUCAGCAUUCCGAGGAAUCCAUGCGGCUGCUCAUGGGGGACUUGCUGCGUGCAGCAUCAGAAACGAUUGCUCCCGCAGCAGCAGGAGCAGCAGCAGCAGCAGCAGCAGGAGAAACAGCAGCAACAGCAGCAGCAACAGCAGCAGAUAACUAUAGAACAUGUCUCGCAUUACUGCAUGCGGUUCUCUUUGAUUUCAUAUUACCAGUAGAAGUGAAGUCAGGCCGUGUUGCUGUUGCUGCUGCUACAGCCCAGGCUGUUGUUCACUUGGCGUUGCUGCAUGUUCAGCAGCAGCAGCAGCUGUUGCUGCAGCAGCAGCAACAGCAACAGCAUCAGCAUCAGCAGCAGCAACAGCAGCAAAUGAUGCCCCCCUUGGACCAGUUGAAGCAAAUAUGGACAGGUGAGAGCAGCAACUGCUCCAGGCGCGCGGGGGAGAUCGGCUGCAGACUGCAGCAGCAGCAACAGCAGCAGCAACAGCAAGUGUGCAGCAGCCCGGCUACGACAGUGUAUAUGCAGCUCUGUGAAUCUGUUGAUAGCAACGUGGCGGCUAUGCGGGAGGCCCAAAGAGGCCUGCAGCAGCAGCUGCUGCAGUCCGAUGCAACAAGUGAAGGAGCUGCAAGUCUUGACAACCACAGCAACAGCAGCAGCAGCAGCAACAGCAGCAGCUGCAGCAGCAGCAGCAGCAACAGCAGCAGCAGCAGCAGCAGCAGAAGCAGAAGCAGAGGUUGUGGUGAGGAGGUACGCGGCUUUGCUGCCUACUGUGUUGCAGACUUCGGGGCCUCGUGCUUCGGAUGGAGAGGUGCUGCGGGAGGCGCUGCAGCAUCAGAGGGAGCAGCAGCAGCAGCAGCAUCCACAGAAGCAAACGCAGCAGCAGAAGCUGCUGCUGCUGGCAAGGUAGCAGCAGAAGCAGCCAUUGCAGCAGCAACAGAUGCAGCAAAAGUGGGAGAAGCCGCAGCAGCUGCCAGUGCAGCAGCAGAAACCGCAGCAGCAAAUCCUUCGUUUGCUGCUAUGGAUGCAAUGCGACGUGCUGCAGAUGCAGCAGCAGCAGCAGCACAGGCAGCAACAAAGACCGCUGUAGAAGCAAGAAAUGCAGCAGCAGCAGCAGCAGCAGAGCAGCAGCAGCAGCAGCAGACCUCAAGCUGCCGUCUCUGCUGCUGCAGCAGAACAAAGAUCCUCAGCAGCAGCAGCUUCAGCAGGGCCACCAACAGCAGCAGCAGAGCCAGCAGCGGCUGCGGUGUACCGACCGCUUCAAGUGCAGCAGCAGGGAAACCAACAGACGCAGCAGCAACUGCAGCAGCAGCAGCAGCUGCUGCUGCAGCAGGCCCAGCCUAUGGAUUAAUUCUUGGGGUUCUUGACUGUCUAUGCGCUCCCACGCUGCACAGGUUUCCUUCGAGCCAUCCCCGGCUGCUGCGAGGAGACACUGCAGCAGCAGCAGCAACAGAUGCAGCAAGGCUCAGAGCCCUCGUGCUUCUACUGCAGCAGCAGGAGGAGCAGCAGCAGCACCAGCAACAACAGACUGUCUUUCCGUCAGAAAGCAUGGGGCUAGGUAGCAGCAGCAGCAGCAGCAGCAACAGCAGCAUCAACAACACCAACAACGGCGCUGUCCCCUUUUCUUUCUUCUGGCCGCUUCCCUCCUUGCUUCCUGCUGCUGAUACCCCGCUGCUGCAGCAGCAGACACGAGCUGCAACACGUUGGCUGUUAACUCAGAGACGCUUGCGGCGGGCUGUGCUGCGGUUCCAGCAGCAGCACAGCAGCAACAGCAGCAAAGGCAGCAACAGCAGCAGCGGCUCCGUAUGUUGCAGCAACGCCCUUCUUGCAUUCCCUGAUGACCGUCUUUUGUUGUACUGUGCUUUGUGUCUCUGCCCAUCCUCUAAGAUCUUUCGGUUGGUUCUUAAACGAAAUGAAGCAGAGCCGGCCUUGUGGCUCACCUUUGCUUCCUCACUGUUCCUGCAAGCAGCAGCAGCCGACACGUCUGGUCACAGCAGCAGCAGCAGCAGCAGCAGCAACAGCAGCAGCAGCAGUAGCAUUGGAACGAAAAAAAACUCCCCGCAGGCACUGGUGCUUCAGGGAAGAAAGGUGCUGCUGACGUGCUGCAGUGCCUUUGCAGCGCAUGCGCCCCUUGCAGCUUCUUGGGCCUUUCUCGAGCUGACUACUGCAGCUGCUGCAGAUGCUGCUGCUGCAGAAGCUGCUGCUGCAGCCGCUGCUGCUUCAGAUGCGGCUGCUGCUGCUGCAGAUAUGCUUACGCAUGAACUGGAAGAGGAGCAACGGCAGCAGAAAGGUGGAGUCCUCCCACCUCUGUUAUGCUUCAGCUGGCCAUGGGCAUGUUGGUUAGGUAGCCUAGGAGGCAUGGCUCCUCAGCAGCAGCAGCAGCAGCAGCAGCAGGAGCAGCAGCAGCAGGAGCAGCAAGUGUGCGUUCUGCCUUUUGAGGGGUGGGGAGUUGCGGCCGCAGCGAUGCAUGUAGCCAUGUGUUCUGCUGAUCGUUCGUUUGCCUCCUUUAACCCCGCCUCGCCUGGGGUCCUACAGCAGCAGAUGCAGCAGCAGCAAGAGCAGCAGCAGCAGCUGCAGCAGCAAGAUGCGGAUAGCUCUAUGGAGGCAGAUACUGCGGCAGGUCCCCUUCCAUUUGCUCGGUCUCAGGUGGCUGCUUGCUGCGCCGUGUUGCUGCAGCGCUCAAAGAUUGCUGCAGCUGGUGCUGCUGCAGUUGCUGCUGCGAAUGCCAGCGCCUUUCCCCUGCUGACGUCUCCUCCCUGGGCAAACCUUUUCCUUGCACUGCUGCUGCAGGCUGCCUUGUCGCCGACGGCUGCUGCUAUGUGGGGCGUCUUCGAGCAGCACUAUGCUGCUGUUGCUGCUGCUGCUGCUGCUAGCGCUGCUGCAGCGGCUGGUGGCAACGGGUGCUGCGCCAGCUGCUGCGGAUGCUCGUCAGCCGGUGGGGGUACGAGUUCCGAUGCAGCUUCAGGCAGCAGCAGCAAAAGCAGCAACAUUGGUCUCAACAGCAACGCAAACAAUGAGAACAGCAGCAGCAGCAGCAGCAGCAGCGCCUGUAGUGGAAGUCCACUGGCGCGCUGCGGGCUCUGCAGCAGCAGUGAGGCAGCACGAUGCGAGGAGUUAGCGUUGUCGUUUAUUUUGGUUCUUCUUCUGGCUCUGAGCGUGCCAGAAGCAGCAGGAGAGCAAGAAGCAGCAGCACGUAGCAGUGGGGCUGUGUCUGCUGCUGGAGAAGGCGGGAGCUUGCUUAAGGCAGUGGACUUCAUGCUGCGGCGCUUUCCAUCGAAUCCUUUUUUCCUUGCGGUGUACACGCAGCUACUCUUGCGUCCUGGAGUCAAGGGACGUCGUGCUGUGCGGGCGCUCUACAAGGAGUUGCUGCUAGGACCCCGCGCAGCAGCAACAGCAGCAGCAGCAGGAGCAGCCAGGGCAAAACCUGUUUGCUGGUGGCCUUCUGCGGCGACGCUGGAGAGUGCGUUUAUGUCUGAAUGGUUGAUUGCUAGGAAAGCAGCGAAGACAGUUUCACAAUGGCGGUUGGAAAUGCUGGCUCAGUGGGCCAGCAGGCACACGAGCUUUCCCUUCACGCUGCUGCAGCGGCUCCCCGGUGUUCAAGAGGGAAUGCCUUGUGGCACAGCAGUGCUGCAGCGGGAGCAGCAGUUUUGGGUGUAUCUCCAGGCUCUGCUGCUCAGCAUGAACAGCAGCAGCACAAGCAGCAGUAUACGCGGUGCUGUUUCUGACGCAACAGGCGCUGCUGCAGUGCUGGAAUCUCUCAACGGCACAGUCAUCGCGAGCCUCUGUGAGAGGUUGUGGACCCCACAACUGCAGCAGCAAAGCCAGGCUGACGAUAGGGAGCAGCAGCAGCAGAAGCAGUACAGAGACAGACUGCAGCACGAAGCUUCUCUUAUGGAGGAGCGGCUGCUACAGGCCGUCUGUGGGUGCCCCUUUUCAAAGAGGAUGUGGCUGUUGCUGCUGCACGUACAGCACGGUCGAAGGCGUCAAGACGGAGCUGAGGCAGCGGCAGCUCUGACAGGAGGCGCAGCAGCAGCAGAGGAUGCUGUAUUGCUGCUUGUUGAUGCACUGCAGCGGGGCCUGCACUUCUGGGCAGACCCUGUAGCAGCUUUAGCGUUCCCAUAG